AUGUCCGAGUAUUUGAAUGAUAACCCAGACGUGUUAGAAGUCGAUGAACUUCCAUCCAGAAAGGAGGAUAACGAACAGUUAUUUGAAAAUUUUGGUUCUAAAGAGGCUUUAGAAAGAAAAAAGUUAUUAUUAAAGAUAGACCACUCACCUACAUCUCAAGUUUUACAUAAUAUUGAGUUACUAGAUAAGUUACUUCUGCUAAACAAUACACCAGAUUUAAUAAGUGACACUGAGAAUUUACUUACAGAAAGUGAUUCAGAUUUAAAUGAUGAGAGUAUACUUGGAGCUGGAAAUGAAAAUAUAUGCGAAGAAUAUUUAGGCGAGCCUGCAGACCCUGUUGAUGUACAGGAAAUAUAUGAUCUUACAGCACAUAUCUGUGAUCCUGAACAUCCUUUAACUUUAGGACAGCUUUCUAUUGUAAAUCUGCCAGAUAUUGAAGUCCAUGAUGACGGUAAUCCUGACCAUCUUGCAGAGGUUGUUAUAAGAAUUACUCCAACUAUUACACAUUGUUCUUUAGCUACUUUGAUAGGACUUGGUAUCCGUGUCCGUUUGGAAAGAGCCCUUCCACCUAGAUUCAGAAUAACAAUCUUAUUAAAGAAAGGAACCCAUAAUAGUGAGCAACAAGUAAAUAAGCAACUAAACGAUAAAGAGAGAGUUGCGGCUGCUUGUGAGAACGAGCAAUUAUUAGGUGUUGUAUCCAAGAUGUUGCAAACUUGUAAAUAG